GCCGAAAAUGCAGAGGGGAGCACUCCCAAAAUCCGUGCGGGGUAGAUCAUGAAAAAUUACGGAAAAAUGUAAUUAACGCGCCACCGAAGACGGAAACGAGUAGCGGUGUUGUGGCCACUGGCACGGUGCGUCGUGUCCGUGCACCCAGUAACAACAGCCAUCGAACGAAUGGACGAUUCGCCGGAUGGACUGAUCGACGAAUGGUGGUCAUCGGCAGGCCUGGUGGGCAGGACAGACGGCAGGCAGGAAGGAGCAACGAAUCGAGCGUGCCUAAGUGAUGAGCGAGACUCGGCAUCAUCUUCGCUCGGUCUCCGAUUUAUACGCAGCCGACGAGAUAGAGGUGCUACUCCUUGAAGAGAUUCGCGACUUGGAACCAGUGCCGUCCGCAUAUUCCAGGCCAGAGGACAUUCAGGACUUCGAAAUCGCAGGUAGCAGGACGGGGGGGCGAAUUAGCUCCCAAUCGUCGGAGCUGGAUUCGCCAGGAGUACACUCGACCGUCCACUCGUGGGACUCCCAUGCCAACUACCAUGGCCAUUAUGGCCAAGGCGAUCAAGGACACGGUUCGUCUUCCAACGCCCUACAGUGGCCUCGUGCUAGCCACUUGGUUCUUUACUGCGACGUACAGGGUCACCUGAAAAGUACUACGGGAGUCCUCAGACUCUUGUUGCUCAUAUCAUCGGUAGCGUGUUUGGCUACUUUAUGCAGCUCUGGCACUGCCAAGGUCAGUCUCUUUAUGCUGCCACUGGUUGGACGCCUUCGGUUCAUGAUCUUCGUGGCUGUCUUCUGCAUCUUGGUCACGGUGUUGCUACUCUUCCUUGAUAUCUCGCACGUUGCUUACUUUUUUCCUUUUAACUGGGCUAGACUGAAUUUCUGGAUUUUCAUUGGAAUUGCAAUACUGUACCUGGGUGGAAGUACGCUGCUGCUUCUUUCCGUUUGGGAGUACAGCGAGAGUGGGUGGGUGCCUCGUCGUACUCGUUCCCAGCUGACGGCUUCGGCAGCUUUCGGCCUCUUCUGCACUGUUCUGUCGAGCCUGCUAGCUUGGCUUCACGGUCGCAGCGAAAUUAAAUGUCACAGUCAAUCCAGUCGAGACCACACGCCGAACCAGCUUUACAAGCCCGUUGACAAUUCUUCUUCUUCCGGCGUCACCUUAAAAGAGAGGAGUCCAAAGAGGCCUCCCUCGUGGGUCGUGAAGAAUCAGAAGAAGCGUAACGCCGAUAGCGACACGAACACCAACGGUGGAAACAAGGGGAACGGGAAUGGUGCCAACGAAAGGUACAAACCCGGGGGCAACAAGAAGGAUCACUGGGCAUCGGCGAGGCAGCACUUCCUUCCCCAUUCUCAGGAAGACGAGGAGGUCGAAGACGUCCAACGAGACGAACGAGAGAUGGAACGAAGGAGGAGGCGACGAAGAAGGGACAGAGAGAACAGCCUGGGGGGUAACGGAAACCCUACCAGCAGUAAGUCCAGCGGUGGUCUGGCGGAAGACGCGGCUAAGCCUGCCACUCGGAGAGUACCGAAGAAGCUGCCCUUGAAGACGUUGGACAAGGCGCAACUUCGGGCCGGCAUCGAACGAAAGGACAACGGAACCAGGCAGCCCGAACAGAGGAAUCGCAGGACCAGCAACGAGCUUCGCGACUACUGGGCCAUCGGUGACGCCAGGCAGCUGGGAGGAACCACCAGUGGGAACGGUCCGCACUGGGAGGUCGAAGGAACUUCCAACAACGGGAGGUCGGAAAUGAUCGCAGUGAGUCUGACCAGAGCGAUGGAGUGGUCCGGUCAGUGGCGCCCGCCACCCGACGACGUGCAGCCUUGUUCGAGCAAGACGGUCGAUCCCUACACCUUUGCUUAGUCGAGGUGGGUACGCCAACGUGGGAAAAUUCACCUUCGAUGAAUUAGCUAGGUAACUUUAUGCGCAUUUGUCGCGUCGGUUUCUCCUAUAAAAAGUCAGAGCGGAAGACGCCGUUGUCUCUUUCUACGGAGCAACGGAUGACGAACGCGGUUAGAUCGAAUCGAACUUCGAACAGGAUCGCGCCAACUGUCCAAGCAUUCAGGGAUCACCUGUAUAAAGCUGAUGCGCUUUGUAAAUUAUGCCACUCGAAAGACGAUUCCAUCCUUCGCUGCUUGGACCGUGAACGGACCCCCGAAGAAAAUUUGCUAUCCACUCUCCGAGAGAAUACCGAACGGCGCCCCGGGAGGUUUGGAUGGAAUUUCUAUCUUAAGGCCGUUAGCUCGUUAAAAUACUACCGACUGUAUUCGGAAGGCCGGUCGCUUCCUGGGUAAUUUCCAGCUGCGCUCAGGAAACGCUGUACUUAUCCUAAGAUCGACCGGAACUCGGCGAGCCCGCGGACGAGCCAUAACUUUGUCUAGUCGUUUUUAAUGUAUUUUUAUGCCGUUAUACCAAAGCGAGGAAUAAUUUGGUAUAAAUCGUUGAUGUAUACUUUGCUGCGAGUACGCGUAUGUAUGGAUGUACAUAUGCGUGUACAGGUAUACGUAUACGGUGUACACGAAACGGGAUGUAUGGUUACCUUGGAGCGAAACGACCUUACGAAAGGUAGGCCGGUUAAAUCUUCCUUGCGGGAACUAGUUGGCGUCCCGGAACGGGAACCGUUUGUUUAGCUGCGAGGACAAUUUUCGUUCCUUCUCUACCCGCGUUAACUUUUCAAAAUGACCGAUCGAUUCACGCCAUUCCUCGAAGCAUUUCUCGUUAAUGCAUCUUGUAUGGAACUCCCGCCACACAGAAAUUCGGCAUUCGUAACGAUGCGAAUCACGUCGCUGGAUUUCCAUACUGCCCAGAUAGCAUGCACGUCCCGUGGACAUUACGUGCUAUAUGGGUGUAUACAUAUCGUCUUAGAAGUACAAGCCGCUCGAAAUCAUCUCGAUCUUUAUUUCCUACGUGCGAUUGGGUUUCGCCAUUGACAUCCUUUCAUUUUCGAGUAUCUUGCCAUCGCGUGCAAAAUCGACUUUCGUAUUUUGAUACGAUUGCAAAUGAUAUGCAUAUAUAAAUAUCGCGUUAGACCUCGGCGCUAAGGUGCGUCUUCGCCAGAGAUAAUCCUGAUGGUACUGCCGUACUAGAUUUGAUACUUUCAGAAACUACUCGCUGAGCAUCCCCUUUUGCCUUUACGUUAGCGAACGUUAACCGAACGUUUAUCCCACCGGAAACUAUCCGUGGAAAUAAGCGAACCGAAUCUAGUACCGUGCGUGUCGCGUCGCAGGAAGGUCCCUGGCCUUGGCGUCGAAUCAAUUAAUAGGGUAUAAGAAACGUACGUGUUCAUUUUUAGGCUGGUAAGUGAUCGCGAUACGAACGGCGACGCAUGGCUCGCAAAAAAGCGAAGAUCCCGCCGUGGCGAUCGAUGCGUCGUGGUGCGUUGUGUGUGCGUAAAUGCGUAUUAAAAAAAAAAAAAGGAAAAAGAAAGAAAAAUAGUUGUACGGUCGUUGGCCGGUAUUCGUUUGCGAUAUCGGUCGAUCGUUAAACGUUACCUUUACGGAUCCCAGUCGAGAUCCGGAAGAGAGAGGUCCAAUACUUCCUGUUGCAUCGACGUCGGCAAGAUGCCAGUACGUUCGUAUUCGAAGCACCGGCGUCGUUCCAACUUGUUUUAAAUUAAAACGGGCCUUACCACCUGCCGUGCACCUUUAGCCGUAAUCGUAAGCGAUUACGCCUCCGUGGGCGUUGCGAUUCGAUCCUAUUCAUUUAGGCGAUAGGACGGGCCCUUUUGCACCCUUAGCAAUUAUCGCGCUCGAUCGUUUCCAAAUGCACGGGAGGCCGUGACGUUUCUCGGGUAUGUCGACGGAAUGUCCGUAAACCGACGUAAUUAGUAUGCGGUUUGCCCGGGCGGUACACCUGCAUCCGCACAAGUUAUUCCUAUUUAUUGUUAAAAAUCAUUUCUCGCGACUCUCGUUUGCAGUGUCCGACGUGUCCGUCGAAUCUUUCGCCGAGCGAUUACUUCUAAGGGCUCUCCUUUAAUUCCGAGGCUUUACGAUCUGUCGCUGCACCGAUGACAAUCCAACUCGACACGUCGCAAAUAAGCGGAAGGCCUUAUCCUUAGGCGGUACGCGUUGAGCGGCUUUAGCGGGAACGAGUGGGCAGCGAUCUCUAGAAACUCCUCUCGGACCUUUCGACUUGUACAUUUCUAUUUAAGGCGAGAUCGUUCCGAAGCGCGAGAGCGGUCGAUAGGAUUCUCAAAGAAAUACUGCCGUAGGACUUAAUUAUUGCUAUAUUAGCGUUUCGUCGAUCCAUCGAGCCGUCUUAUCUUGACAAUACCGAUCGACGACGACCACUCGAUAUGAAAGUUCUUGUCCUGUCGUUUAUUAUAAUCUAAGUCUCGGUUAUCUCUUUCAAUUGUAAUUGCUAUAUCAUUGGUAUUUAUUGUCUCGACUCUAUGGAGAAUCUCGUAAUCGCCACGACGUAGCGCGACCAAGUGUGACCAUGUACAGAGAGCGGAGCAAAUGUAUAUUAUUUGAAAGUGACAAGGUGUAAUAUCGUUGAAGUACUAUUAGUAGGUUGAGAGUUUGUCGAACGUUAACUGUAUCAAAGCGUGUACAUUCAGAGUUAGGACGAUAAGUGCAACGGAUACCGAUCGAGUAUACCGGACACCGUAAUCCAACGAGAGGGAAGAAUCCCGUCAUCUGCAUUCUCGAAUCAUCGGACUCGCGAAACCCCGUGAUAUUUUCUCGGUAAAUCAAAUGACAUUCCAUUGCUUGAAACGAUCGGGAACGAUGGACGACUUGUUUGAUCGGUACGCGACGUGGAUAUCAAAUGCACUUAGUCGAGGAAGCACUCGUUGUCAUUCACUGUAACAUUAAUAACCUAUUACAAAAGAAGAAGUACGUCCACGCAUCGAACCGAUUAGAAAGAAAAGACUUGCACCCACGACCG